AUGACAAUUUACCAUAUUACCACAGACUCUCCCACGACAUCCCCCAACAUUGCCAUUGCUAUGGAGCAGGCAUGGUUGGAUUCCCUUUCAGAAGACUGGGUUUCGCAACCAAGGUCAUCUGGCUCUCCAGCACCUUCACUGCCAUCUCUGACCGAUAAUACUUCCGAAUCUUCUGACGCGCGCGCCAAGUCGAGUCGCAUCCCAAAAUUCAACCCCCAGAAGAAAACAUGGACCGCUACCGAUAGCCCUCUUAGUGAGCGCAGUAGUAAUGAGCACAAUAUUCCAUUGCCUCAACGGGGAUCUAAGAAUCCUUCAAAACUCCGCGACGAAAUGGGAAGUGCGCGGGGAAGGCAUUCUCGAACAAUAUCUGCAUCCACAACUCAUUCAACACAAUGCCACACAAUUCAACAUAAAUCCACUAGUUUAUCACCGAAGAGAGUGUCAGGCGAAAUACCUGAAUGGAAGAGGAGACUGUUGCAUGGAGAUGUUGCGUAUGGCGAGCAACGGGAUUUGUUCAGCCCUGCUGGUAUCGAAAACCUAUUUCGGCCUCCUCAACCGCAGCCGCCAUUACCAUCAAAGCUCCAGACACAGACAGUCGGGGAAGAGAGUAUCGUCAUGCCUUCAAGCCCCCCUCCAUACAAUAUCAAUAGAGAAACUCGAGAAUCGGAAGUUUUAUCGGACCAGGGAGAAGAGGUGGAAGAACAAAAGCGUGGAAAACCACGAGCCAUGAAAUACAAGUUGGUCAAUGAUGAGGGCAGCGAUUUUUCGGCAUCAGAUUUGAGUCGAAGUAGUAACUUUCACCCAAGGGCUGCAACUGCUCAAAGUGGACGGAUUUACGACUCGAGCAUGGAAGGUUCAGUUGCGCAAAAUGGAGUAGGAGAACGGACAGUGAGUGGGCAAAGUGAUAUGCGCAACGAAGAGCUCAGUCCAAUAUAUGUGUCGAGACACAAUACUAUCGACGGAAAUAUUGAUUUUUUGGCAAAGAUACCAGUUGCUGAAGUUAAACAACGAUUAGAGGACAUUCGAGAAGAUAGCCCACUUCAGGUCAGCGAAGCCCUGGAGGACAGUUCACGGAUCGUGUUGGAAAACACGACAGCUGACACGGAUGACUUCGCACAUAAUGGUCAGUUCAUCAAUACUCGUAGAGGAGGCCGUUCAGAAGAGGGAUCUUUUCAAAAGCGCAUGUUGAGCCCAUCUUCACUCCCGGCCAUAGACGAAUCAGCAAUGCUACCGGAAGAGUCGAUGCAAGCAAGCACGCCAAAGCAACUACCUAACGUCAGGAAGACUCGAACUUCAAACCAGGAUCAAGUUCCUUCAGGUCGGGACCUAUCUCCAACUCCCCAAACGCCUCACUCAAGUCCUUCUAAACCCAAUGAGAGGCCACAUGAAACCAGUUCAGGAAGUCCGCUGAAAAUUUUUGACACUUAUGAUACUUUCACUAAGCAAAGACUACUACGCCGACUGAGCCAAUUCGAAGGAGACUUGGAUGGAAGCGAGGAAGGUUUUGUGCAUUCCGUAUCAGGACAGGAACAAACAAACCCCGAUAUCAAUGAAGGUUCUGUAGCUGAAUCAAGUCCAAUUAAGCCACGGCAACAGGGCCAAGGCCAUUCGCAUACAUCGAGCAAAGUCACUAGCUUUGGGAAAGGGGAGUUGGAUAAAUUUCAGUUUAGUGAGGAGGCAUCCUACGAUUCGAGUAGAUCCAACAGUCAAGAUGAGGAUAAAGAGAAUAUGUCUCUCCCUGUGCUUGACCCGACAACUCAAACAAGAUUCAAAUUCCAUUUGGAACCAUCUCCAGCUCUGGACGAGGAAAUGGUGAUGACGCGUCGGUCCAGACACACUACCACCACAAAUACAACAAAGCGCACUAUCAAUGUUCGCAAGACAAUACGGCCGACUACUAGUACUUCCGAGUUGUCAAGCGAGAUGCCGACAUCUCAAAGGCUGGAGGAUCUGGAAACACCAAGGAAAAGGAAUGGAGAUUCAGAGGGAAAAAGGUUACCAAAGUCACCCUUGAAAGAUCCGACCCCCAAACGGCGACGGACCUUACAAAACCAAGAUAUCAGCGAGUUGGAAGUAGGUGACGAUAGCGCCGGGAUUGACUCUUUGAGAGAAACGCACCAGCAGAUGCAAUCCGUUAUUGGAAAACGUAAGGAUGCAAGGCAUUUGGACGAUCAGCAGGCCGCUAAUCCAAAAGUCCUCGCCAUGCGUCAGAUAUUGAGACCUCGGACACCAACACCAAGCCAACGAAGUAGUCAACAGAAUGAACGGCCCCCGCUCGUGGAAUUAGACAUGGCUACCAUCGAAAAGGCACGAGUACUCCAAGAGCGGAGGAUUGCGCAAAUACAAGCUGAACUUGAUACGACGGAUCCUCUAAGGAUCUCCGCACCUCUCGGAGCUAGCCAGCAACGCGACGAGAGCCGCAAAGGUUCUGUCACAACACAAGACUUCCUUGAUGAAGCCAAAAAAAUCAUGGCAGGAAUCCGGGGUAAAGCGAGACCGCGGAGUGGUCUGACUAGUGUUGAGGAAUCCGAGGCCGAAAAUGACAGAAACCGGAUACCCAAGGGAGCUGCAGAAGAAGAAUUUAUUGAAGAUUCAUACCAGGAGUCUACGCAGGAGCCGUUCUCAAGGCCCCCGAGUCGUGAAGGAAAACCGAUUACAAGAUUGCCUGUUAUGCAAGAGGAUCCCGUAAUCUUGGAUCACCUUCGCAAGUAUCAGGAGAAGAGUGAUAUGGAUGAUGCCAUUGCGUCUUCAGUACGAACUAUGGCUAUGGCUAAAGAAGCAGUUGAGGAGGCUAAAGAGAUUGAACGAAUGACGAAUGUGACAGUUUCACGGGCUUCAGGCACAUUCCUGACGUCGGGCAACAUUCUGGAGAGCGAGCCAUCCAAUAUUAGAAUAUCCGAGAAUCCCGAACUUCAGCGAAAGCGUAAACAUUCGGCUUCAUCGAUCCCAACGGUGAGCGAGGGUUCCAAGGAAGCCGAGUAUCCUUCUCAUGGAUCCAACGCUUCAUCUAGCCAGUCAACAACACGUUCUAUUCCGACUGGCUCAUCGAGAGGUUCAGACUCAAGGCGCGUUAUUGCUCCUCAUACUGUCUCACAUUUGAUUCCCGAACAGCUCGCUGGCAUGGUCUUUGACCGUGAGAAGAAUAUCUGGUUCAAGGGGAAGAGUGUCAGCGCCGAGAGUCGCGGACAAGGAAUAUUCUCAGCAGACGAAACGGAAGAUGACCCUUUUGGAGAUAUUCCUGACUUGUCGGUGGAUGAAACGCAAGAACGGCAACGAAUUAAAGCAGUGGCCGCUGGAUUGAGGCAGGAGGCGCAAUCACUCAGUGACAACAAGAAUACUCCAAUCGCAACGCCUUCGCAACCGCAUAAUUCUACUUACCAAGCUCCUGCUUCGAAUAACCCUGGUCAAUCCCCAUUUAACUUUGAUCCUUCGAACCUCUUUGGUUUGGAUCCAGGAGGUACAGCGCCAAAAACCACGAAUAAAUCGUCUGUUUGGGAAAACAAACAAGUUAACACCACUAGUUUGCCGGUAUUCCAUGAACCAAACAAAGAGACAGGUCGCAAAAUAGCUGCUCAGACUAAAAUCAUAGCGGAACCUACUGAGGAGUUUGAAAGCGAGAUAUCUAUCCAUGAAGACCGAGUUUCAGAGACUCCGCGGCGUCGCAAUGUUACAAUAUCAUUCUCGUCUCCAAUAGCUUCAAUCAUCAACCCAGUCGACUUUAACGUCGAAAAUAAUCUCGAACGUAGCACGGAAGAAGCUAACUCGGACUCUAGCGGACUCAUGGAUGCUCACGAGGACAGCAUCAUUAUCAAAAAGAGAAGCAGCAGUCACAGGGAAACCGCAACUAGCACUCGUUCCUCGGUCAGAAAAGCGUCUCGUGGAAUUUCUAUUGGCCGUCAAACGUUUUCGGGAAGACCGGUAUCACGCAUUGAUGAACGGGACGAAGAGUAUUCUGACGAACAAAAUGAUGAGAUGCAUCAACGAAGCGUCAGCGUUAUUGUAACGACACCGGCGCCGAAGCGGGAAGUAAGCAUGGUUUAUGCUACGCCUAGACUGUUGCAUGAGAUAGGAAAUCUCAGCCUUACUCCGCUUUCCGAUUUCACCAUACACCAUGAGGACAAAUCUUUUGGUUUGGAUGUUAGUUACGUUGCUGCGAGACAGAGAUAUACCCUUGGUGAGGGUCAACAGAGAACUUUGUCCUUGUCGAUCAAGGCGCUUGUGGAAAGGAUUACGGAGGUUGAACCGUACGAACCAUACUGGGAGGACUUGAAGCAGAUAGAGUUGCGGGAAAAGAGGCUCACGACUCUCCACAAGCUAGAUGAAUUUUGUGGGAAGAUCGAGGACCUCGAUGUGUCUCAUAACCAGAUAAGCCAGCUUAAUGGUGCUCCAUCAUCCGUUCGACACUUACGAAUGACGCACAAUUGUCUCACAAACCUGACAGCAUGGAACCAUCUCAGCAAUUUACAGUACAUCGAUAUUUCAAACAACGAGAUUGAGUCUCUCUCAGGAUUGAAGUGUUUGGUGCACUUGAGAGGCUUGCGUGCGGAUAACAACAAAAUCACGUCCUUAGAUGGCAUUGGGCAACUUGAUGGAUUAUUGAGUCUGCGUUUGAGGGGCAAUAUGCUCGAGUCCAUCGACUUUAGCGGUACUAGGCUUCAGAGAUUGACAGCCCUUGAUCUUAAAAACAAUAAUAUCAAAGACGUCCAAAAUAUCGGCGAACUCUCGUCAUUGUCGAACCUAAACCUGGAAGACAACCAAAUUUCUAGCUUCUCGCCAAAUAGCGCCAAGCUGCUCUGGAAUUUGAAUUACCUCCGCUUAGCUGGGAAUAACCUGACUUCUAUUGAUGUCAGCCCAUUUCCCUGUCUCCGUCUGCUGUAUCUCGAUCGCAAUCGCCUGGGUACUGUAAGCGGUAUCCUCAAAACGAAGCAUCUUGACAGUUUAUCGAUGCGAGAACAGCAGGAUGGUGCAAUAAUCGACAUGGCGUUUUUGUCUCAAGCGUUCGAACUCCGCAAGCUCUUCCUAUCUGGAAAUCUUCUCCCUAUCUUCGAUCCCAGUGCCGUCUUUCUCAACUUGCAGUACUUGGAGCUCGCCAAUUGCGGACUGAAGUCUCUUCCUUCUAAUUUCGGUCAACUGUUCCCGAACGCUCGAGUCUUGAAUCUGAAUUUCAACGCGCUCAAAGACCUUAAACCGCUCCAUGGAAUUCGGCGUUUGAAGAGGCUUUACCUGGCGGGCAAUCGACUAGCAAGCCUGAGGAAGGUGACAAGUAUGCUGUCGCAGUUCUCUUUCCUGUCGACCGUUGAUCUUCGGAGCAAUCAAUUGACACUGGGCUUCUAUCCAGCUCCGUUGAACACUGCUCUGGCUGUACGCAAAGCUGUUGACGGUGGAGAGGUCUUAGAGCCUUUCACCAUUGGAAAUGUGGAUAGUGAGAGAGACGCGAAAUAUGUAAAGUGUCUAGACUUGGAGACAAAGAUGACGAGGAGAGUAUACCAGAUUUUAGUAUUAGGUGGCUGUACUCGGCUGAAAAUACUGGAUGGUUUGGAUGUCAACAAGUCAACAAUGGAUUUGAGAGAUGGGACUUGGAAUACCCUGGUUCAGUCAGGAGUUUUGAUGUUGGAUGGAAAUCAGGCAGCGCUUGGUGUCUCCAGUGAAGGAAGCAGCACUUUGAAGGAGCCGGAUGAGGAGCCGGAGCCCGUGGAGGAACCGGUUCGAGAGGAGACGUGGCCUGCUGAGGAUAGCUUUGCUUGA